UGCCAAUACAGCAGUUGCGCACUCCGCAUGUGAUUGGAGAGCAAAGUCCAGUUAUUAGGUAAAGCCAAACCAAGUCUUCUGGGUUUGGUUCUUCUUUUGACUUGUGCUUUAGAAUUCGUUUCCCUAGUUUAAUCCGCUGCCAAGUGAGAUUUGCCCGUCACGAACAAGCUUAGUAGACCAGUCGUCGUCAGCACACUCGCAGCAAUGACGAAUCGACGGCCCGAAGAUCACUGAGAGAUUUCUAGAAUGACAUCACGUGUUGUUCUUGAGGUGAACAAGGCGACUGGUUCUUGUUUCAUUAACAAUUGGUCUUAGACGUAAUUGCUGCUGCACUAUUGAAUCGGGUGUUUGACCAAAAAGGAAACGGAGGAAAAGGUCAACUGGGCGACUUGGGUGACUGGCUGACAGCAGUUAGGACGAGUACCACGGAACGAUAUAAAAAUAAGAUGUAAAGGAUUCAAAGUGCAUGCCGGUGUUGAACCGGUCAACGUUGCCUAGCACGACGACGAUGGCUUUUGAAGUUGAGCUUCUUCCUGCGACUAGAAAACCAGACGACUUGGUGCCGGGCGUUUUUUCUAUUCCUCUUCGACCCAGAAGAGCAAACCACCAUGUCUCUGAUUCUUCGUCUUGUGCCCAAGCUAUUCCUCUGCAGGUUUUUACUUCUUUCCGCUUGCUGGUUUGGCCUCGCUAGUUCUCAACAGAACGUCGAAACCUUCUAUCCUCCAAUCCCCACCGCCGCCGCCGCCGCCGCCGCCCCCAGCUCUCCUCCUCCUUCCAUAAAAGACUCCCGCCAAUCCCCUCCGCCGCUGCCGCCGCCGCCAGACUCGCCGCCCUCGCACAGGACAGUCGUCAAGGCCGUGGCAGCCACCGCGGCCAGCUCGCUGGUUGUCGCCACGCUCUUCUUCUUCGCAAUCCAGAGGCGGAGAACCCGAAAUGGUCCGGAUCAUGGAUCGGCAGAGACGGGGCGCCUCGCACCAAUGCCUCGCGGGGACUUCACGCGAUUCGGAGGGAAUAUGAUCAAGGGGCUGAUUGUGGACGAGAAUGGAUUGGACGUUCUUUAUUGGCGGAGGCUCCAGACAAAGGGGGAGAGGACUGGGAGUUGCCUGGAGAAGAGCCUGAGCAAAGUGGUCGUGCGGAGCCCGAGAGGCCAUCGAGUGGGGGAUGUGAGCGGGAGAAGAGACGGGGACAUGAGAUUUGACAAGCACACUCAAGAAUUGCCAUUACUGAGAGAAGAGAAGCUAUCAUCAUCUUGUGAAGAUAAUGAUGUUCGAGCUCGUGAGGACGCAAUUAGUGUGAAUGGAGCUUUGUAUCCAUUACCACCACCUCCAUCAGCCAGAGUAGCGGCCCUCAUGGCCGUCGAGAGACCGAGACCAAUUCAACUGCCGCCGCCGCCGCCUAGGAAACCACAGGAGCCAUUGAUUUAUUCUGCGGUUUCAACUGCUGAACACCCACCGCUACCAGUACCAGCACCACCACAACGUCCACCAUCAGCAAUGCCACCACCGUCGAUGGCGCCACCACCCCAACCAACACCACCUAGGGCUAGGAGUACGCAGGAGCCAAUGUCUUUUUCUGUGGUUUCAACUGCUGGACCGCCACCGCAAUCACUACCAGCGGCACCACCAUGUCCACCAUCGGCAGUGCCACCACUGCUGGCACCACCGCCCCCACGUCUGCUAUCAGCACUGCCGCCACCGCCGCCCCCAGCACCGCCAUCACGUCCGCUAUCGGCGGUACCACCGCCUCCCCCACCACCAGCAAGGCCGUCACCAGUAGCACCACCGCCACCUCCGCCGAGUAAACUGCGCGGUUUUGACUCAUCCAAAAAACCACCGGCUGUAACAAAAGGACUAGAAAAGCAAGGGAAACAGGGAGAGCCUUCAGCUUCACCUGGUCAGGUGAAACUGAAGCCUCUUCACUGGGAGAAGUUUGACGCCAAUGCCGAUCACUCCAUGGUUUGGGACAAGGUCGGCGAUGGUUCUUUCAGGUUCGAUGAUGAUCUUAUGGAAGAUCUGUUUGGGUUCGUUCCGGGCAAUCGGAAAUCCGAUCAAGAAAAGGAGACCUCCUUGGGUUUGGCUUCAACCACCAAAACUGACUCGAACCCAUCCUCGAAAAUUUUCAUCCUGGACUCUCGCAAGUCGCAGAACAUUGCGAUUGUGCUUAAGUCCCUGGGAGUUUCCCGUGACGAGAUCCUCUAUGCGGUCACGGAAGAUCAAGGCCUAAGCGUAGAUGUCCUAGAGAAGCUCAACAAGGUUACGCCGACAAAAGAAGAACAGUCUCAAAUCCUUCAAUUCGAUGGAGACACCACCAGACUCGCGGAUGCGGAGUCCUACCUGUACCACCUCCUGAAAUCACUCCCCUCGGCAUUUGCUCGCUUUAAUGCCAUGCUUUUCAGAUCGAACUUCAAGUCGGACAUCCAUCACCUGAAGGAAUCUAUCCGGACGCUGGAACUCGCAUGUGAGGAGCUUCGUACUCGUGGACUCUUCGUAAAGCUUCUAGAAGCAAUCCUUAAAGCCGGAAACCGAAUGAAUGCAGGAACUUCCAGAGGCAACGCGCAAGCGUUCAACCUCAAUUCGCUAAGAAAGCUGUCGGAUGUCAAAAGCACCGACGGGAAAACCACGCUGCUUCACUUCGUAGUGGAACAAGUCGUGCGAUCCGAAGGGAAGCGGUGUGCUCUCAAUCGGAACUAUAGUUUGAGCCGAACGAGCAGUCAUAGAAGCACCGGCUCAAGCACAGAUUCGGAGAAUUCACAACCCAAAGACGAAAGAGAGAACGAGUACAUCAUGCUAGGGUUACCAGUAGUAGGAGGACUCAGCUCCGACUUCUCUAACGUGAAGAAGGCAGCCACAAUCGACUACGACAGCUUUGCCUCCUCAUGCGCAGCUCUAGGACUCGGUAUUGCGGAGAUUCGGCAAGUUGCAGAUCUAUGCACAAGCGAUGGCAGUGGAUUAGGUGAGGAGCUGAGGAGAUUCAUCGCAUCGGCGGAAGAAGAAUUAAGAUCUUUAAGUGAGGAGCAAAGGAAAGCGAUGGAGUUGGUGAAGAGGACGACUGAGUAUUAUCAAUCGGGAGCAUCUAGACGAAAUGGAGAGAAACCGCUGCACUUAUUCAUCGUGGUCAAAGAUUUUCUUUGCAUGGUCGAUCAGGCGUGCGUCGAAAUCACUCGGAACUUGCAGAGGAGGAAGACCGCCAUGGUGAGCUCUACACCAUGGUCGGCAACGCAAAAGUCACUGGCGAGGUCUCCCGCAAGGCUUCCAAACUUGCCGUCGCAUUUCCUGUUGGAGAAGUUUAAGAGCAGUACUUCCAGCGAUUCUGAUGCAGAGUUCUGAAGAAGACUCUCGACGGUGGCGAAUCGGUUGCCGUACAUAGUUCUCAUCACUGUAUUCAUGAAUUGACCAAGUGAUUUUUACCCCUCCAAUAGACAUCAGAUUCUUUCACAAAUCAUCAAUGUACAUUGCCCCUUUUUUGUGAUUG